AAUCCUGUUGGGUGUUGGCCAUAUAUCGUCCGCGUCUUCGUUCUCGCAUCUCACUGCUCGUAAAAUUCAUUGCAAUUAAAUUAGCAGACAAUAAACGAAAGAAUAGAUAAAACCAAAGGUCAAAACCCUAAAUUGGGCGUAAACCCUAGAAAUUCUAUUAGCGAAGAAGCCCUAACAAGCUCUGAAUUUCGGUUCGAUGGCGAGCAGUUGGAGAAGAGCAUUGGGAAAUACGAGGUCCUUCGUAGGCAAUGCGAUGGGAGGCCUUAGAGGAGGAACCAACCUGGCUUCGUGGGUCGUGGCUGGAACCCUAGCUUACUACCUUUGGGUCAAGCCCUCCCGAGACCUCAAGCGCGAACAAGAGGAAAGGGCAGCGCUUGCAGCUUCGGAUCCUAAUCGCUACGUUGAGAAACGAAAACCAAUUCCCGACUCUCAGCAAACUGGUUUGAUAUACGGCAAGAAGAAUAAUGUAACUAGGAAUCAGGAGGAAUGAACUGCUGGGCAUCGCAAAUUUCAGGUGGGCAGGUGCUUCUCUUUGGAUCAUCACGAAGGAAACAUCUACUAAAUGUUCUUCUUUUUCUUUUCUUUUUUUUUGGGUUUUGCCAUUUCUAUUUUGUUCUCUAAUUAAUUCUAGAGACAAACAGGGGAAUGGGCAUGUUGCCUAGUAUAUUUCCUUUUUCUUUUCUUCACAGGGUGUGCUUGUCAGUGGCGAUGAACUCACGCAUAUCGUUGUGUUAUUUUGGCAUAUAGUAAAAAUUUACACACAGAAGAAGAUACGUUUUACGAAUUACAUUCAUGUAUAUGAUAAAUUAUUUUGGAUUA